AUGGCCCUCGUCCGGACGCCGCUCUUCUGGGACCGCCGCGGCCCGCUGAGCGACGCGCUGCUGCCACUCAGCCUCGCGUACGCCGCAGCGACGUACGCCGUCGAGGCGCUGCGCCCACCGCCCCGCCGGUCGCAGGCGCCCCGGCUCCUGCGGCCGCCACGGUCGCACACGCCCCACAUCCUCACGCGCGGCUACGGCGGCUCCGAGCGCGGCCCGCUGCGCGUCGCGCCGGAGGUGCACUCCGCCGCGCGGGUCGGCGACGAGGCGCGGCUGCUCUCGCGCACCGCGCCGACGUGGGUAUGCGCCGACCGGUGGGCGGGCGCCUCCGCCGCCUGCGCGAGCGCGACGCCGCCCUCGGUCCUGCUGAUGGACGACGGUCUGCAGCACCCGACCUUGCACCGCGACCUCUCGCUCCUCGUCGUCGACGCGGAGCAUCUGCUCGGGAACGAAGCCUCGCCCGCGCGGACGCCGUCGUGGCGUUCCCUCGGAUGCCGCCUGUGCGGCACGCUCGCGCUGCCCGACCACGCGCCCGUGCCGGCCACCGCCCUGGCGCAGCUGCGGCGCGAGGCGGCAACCGAGGGGGCCCUGCUCGUCACCACCGAGAAGGACGCCGCGCGGUUGGACGAGGCGGAGCUGCGAGGCAUCGAGGUGCUGCCGCUGCGGCUCGAGUGGACAGACGGCGCGGGCGAGGCGAUCGACGCCAUGAUCGGCGGCGUCGUGGCGGCCCGCGGCCAACCUUUGGAGAAUGGCCGCUACGCGGGCUAG